AUGGGAGAAACUGAGAAAAGAAUUCUAACCCAAGGGAUCAGAUGUUUUUCCAAGAUCAAGGUGUUUCUUUUGGCAUUAGCAGGUGCAUAUGUAUCCAAAUCACUAACAGGAAGUUACAUGAAUUCCAUGCUUUUACAAAUAGAGAGACAAUUCGGUCUGCCCACAUCUCUAGUUGGGCUUAUCAGUGGGAGCUUUAAUAUAGGAAACCUUGUAUUGAUUAUACCCGUGAGUUAUUUUGGAAAAAAAUUGCACAGACCUAUCAUGAUUGGUAUCGGUUGUGUGCUUAUGGGCCUCGGGUGUUUCAUAAUUUCACUACCUCAUUUUCUCAUGGGCAGAUAUGAAUGUGAAACAACUAUUUCACCAACAAGCAACUUGUCCUCAAGCAGUUUCUUGUGUGUCGAAAACAGAUCCCAGACCUUACCAACACAAGACCCAGCAGAGUGUGUACGAGAAAUUAAAUCACUAAUGUGGAUAUAUGUACUGUUGGGAAAUAUUAUACGUGGAAUUGGUGAAACUCCCAUCAUGCCCUUGGGUGUUUCCUACAUAGAAGAUUUUGCCAAAUCUGAAAACUCUCCUUUAUACAUUGGAAUUUUAGAAAUAGGAAUGACCAUUGGCCCUUUGAUUGGAUUUACCUUGGGAUCUCUCUGUGCAGACAUUUAUGUAGACACUGAGUCUGUGGAUACAGAUGUCCUGACAAUAACUCACAAUGACACACGCUGGGUUGGUGCUUGGUGGAUUGGCUUUUUGGUCUGUGCAGGAAUGAAUAUCCUGACCAGCAUCCCCUUUUUCUUUUUCCCAAAAACACUCCCAAAGGAAGGAUUACAGAAUAAUGUGGAUGGAAUUAAAAAUGCCAAAGUGGAGAAGAAUACAGCAAAGGACAAAGAAGAAAACCGAGGUAUCACUAAAGAUUUCUUUCCAUUAAUGAGGAGCCUCUUCUGCAAUCCAAUUUACAUGCUUUAUCUCCUUAUAAGUGUGCUCCAGUUCAAUGCAUUUUUCAGUAUAAUAUCUUAUGUUCCUAAGUACCUGGAACAGCAAUAUGGAAAAUCAUCUGCAGAUACAAUUUUCCUCCUGGGUCUUUAUAUGUUACCUCCAAUAUGCCUUGGAUAUUUAAUUGGUGGUUUGAUUAUGAAGAAGUUCAAGAUUACUGUCAAAAAAGCUGCGUACAUAGCAUUCUGGCUAUCCCUAUCUGAGUACCUUCUAACUUUCUCUAACUAUGUGACAACCUGUGAUAAUUUCCCAGUUGCUGGCUUAACUACCUCUUAUGAAGGAGUUCAGCACCCUCAAUAUAUGGAGAAUGAGGUCCUUACAGACUGCAAUACAAGGUGUAACUGCUUAACGAAAAUAUGGGAUCCAGUGUGUGGAGACAAUGGCUUAGCAUACAUUUCAGCCUGCCUUGCAGGCUGUGAGAAGUCUUUUGGGACUGGAAUCAACAUGGAGUUUCAGACUUGCAGGUGCAUUCGAUCAUCAGGAAAUUCAACUGCAGUUCUUGGACUGUGUAACAAAGGCCCAGACUGUGAUAACAUGCUGAAGUACUUUAUAAUCAUGUUAGCAAUUGACACUUUUAUCUUCUCGGUAUCAUCCAUACCUGGGUACAUGGUUCUUCUGAGGUGUAUCAAGUCUGAAGAGAAGUCACUUGGAAUUGGAUUACAUACAUUUUGCACAAGAGCAUUUGCUGGCAUUCCGGCACCUAUUUACUUUGGUGCUUUGAUAGACAGAACCUGUUUACAUUGGGGAACUCAGAAAUGUGGUGAGAAAGCCGCAUGUAGGAUGUAUGAUAUAAAUAGUUUCAGGUAA